UGUGCUUGUAGGAGAAUGUUGCUGAGAGGAUGUGGAGAAAUAUGUUACCUGAACAAACUGCUCAUGCUGUCUGUGUUAGGAUGGCUUUUCCAGAUUCCUGUGAUUCCUGAGGACAUUUUCUUCACCAGUGAGUUCACCGAGGUCGCUAACCUGGAGGACGGCAACAAAAGCAGCACAGGACUUGACUGUAUUCCCCUGGUGGAUCAGCAGCUUCUUUAUACAUGUUGUCCAUUUCUUGGUGAGUUUCGUAAGCUCCUCGCAGCCUUCGUGUCUGGAAGCACAGCAAAAAGUGGAGGAAUUAUCCGCAAGAUCACUCCCACGUCUGCUGAGCUCAGGGAUACACCCGCUGCCAACCGGUCACAUCAGAAACUACAGGUGGACCUCGAACAAGCCUUCUUUCACAACCAGCCUCCGUCGCUGCGUCGCACCGUGGAGUUCGUGGCCGAGAGAAUCGGAUCCAACGGCGUCAAGCAUAUGAAAGCUACAUUGGUGAAUGAGUUGGUGGAGAGAGGAGAGAAGCUGCUGAGAGGUGGACUGGAGAUGCCCAACUCCAAUCCGUCAAAACUGAAUGAAUCCAUCUGUGCUCAGCUGUGUGUUGCAGGAUUGGAUGCCCUGCCGAGAGCCACGAGGUUCUGUUGUGAGAAGAGUCCUGAAGCCAUAAGAAUUCUGCUCCCUGAUGAGACCUCUCCUGCUGUCCUGACCACAUCAGAAAAUAUCACCAAACGUCUUGCAACAGAAAAAGCCUGCAGCUGGCUCUCUGCUAACAUCACAGCGCUCAUAAGGCGAGAGUGGAAGAGCAGAUAUGACCGUGUGAUGAAGGCUCUGGGCAGCCCGGCGGCUCCAGACUCGGGGGACGUUGAGCGGGCCGUGGUCGAGUUGGUCGCCCAGGAGCAGUCAACUACUCCCAAGAGAAAACAAGGAAGUGAGCGAGUACUCUCCUGCCCACCACACUGCAGCCACAGUGCUUCGCUGCCUUCAGACAUCCUCAUCGAGAUGAAGGAGUUUUUGAGCAUCGCUGUCGGCCCCAGGACUGAUGGGGAGCUGCCAACAGACUCUCAGCUGAAAACACUGCUGCACAGAGUGGGGGACACACUGGCCUGCAGAAAGUUUUCAACUGUGAUGUCAGAGCUGAUGCUUCUGAACUCUACUGUUCUGCUGGCCUGCAAACUAGUGUCUGCAGAGCUGCCGGUGCUGCCUGUGUCUGUGUGCAGCGGAGGGGGGGAGGUUACUGCAGGUCCCGGUGCAGGUUCAGAGCCUCCUGUCAGAUCGCUACUGGAGCAACUCGCUGAGCUGUGGGAGAGAGACUGCUGCUCCUCCGCCCCGCUCCACCUGCUCUUCUCCCCACUCACCGUCACUGCUGUGCUGAGAGCCAGCGACACCGAGUGGAACAACUACCUGUUCCUGGUUAGAAAGCUGGUCGACAGAGGGAUUUUGAGCGAGGACGAGGUCAUAUCUCAUUGGAGGAAGCUAACAAACGUGGCCCUGCCGGCGGAGCUGAUAGAGAAAUUUCAGCUGCAGUCUCAGAGAAUUAAACUCUCCUCGCCUCUGGCUGAGUUACCCAGUCACAUGGACAUGCUGCAGGUCUCACCUCAGACGGUAGAGGGCGCUACGUGACAGCGAUAACGCCAGCGAAUGUCCCAUGACAUCUUUUGUGUGAUCGCCACAGUUGUUUCAAGUCACAUCCAUCAGUGUGGUGUUCAACUGAGAGACACUUCUGGGUGAAUUCAUGGUGUUGACCAUUUUUCCAGUCGCCACUCGUGCACAGGGCAUCAAAGCUGCGGCUCCGUCAGCCUCUGCUCAGCAAACUUCAGACUUUUGUUCUUCUCCUUCUUGUGAAGUGUCAGCAGCCUUUCAUGAAUCCCUCUGCUCUUUGGCUAAGGUGCUGGCGAGAACCAGAAAGCCCUGCCAGUCAGUUGUAGUAGCGAGGGACCUCAACAACUCUUCCCUUAGAUCUAUGGAACCUUCCUGCAAGCAAACCUGUACGCGAUUGUGUCUGAGGGGAAAUACUAGAAGAUCAAGCCUUUCAAACAGUCGAGACUAUAGCAGAGCGUGAGCGGAGACAGGAGAAGGGAGACAAAGACGGGUAUUUGUGAGUUUUUGCUGCCGAGGAUGUAAACUGAGCAACUUUGCUUCUGUACAUUUCUCGUGUUCUUGACACCCAAGUUUCUAGCAAAGAUUCCAGAGACAAUUCAUCAGAGACUCUUUCUAAAAAUGGACUGAAAAUGAAUUUAUUCCUUAUUUUAGACCCAACAGAGAAAAUCAAGGUCUUAAUUUUAGCGCAGCACUUUCACAAACUGCCUUUGACCGUCACUACUCGUGAAUCGCACGUUUAUCUCAUGAACGCUAGACUGCAUUUGUGAUUGUUUUUGUUCAUGUUGAAUGAGCGCCGUUAUUCUCUGCUGCUUUUAAAAUGAAGUAUUUUUUAUGUUGCCACAAAGUUUAAAA